AUGCAAAUAGUUGGUUAUCGUAAUGUUUCAUUAAAUUCGCUUAGUUUUUUCCCAAAAAAUGGGACCCUGUACAAUAAUUCAGAACGCAACUCAAGUUGCCCAGUUUCAGUGGAUUCCUCAACGGAAAUUAUCCGAAAAUCGAAUUUCGAUAAGUAUAAGUUAUUAAAUAGAAUAGAAGGAAUAGAAGACCUAAAAAGGCUGCCAGAAGAAUUGCUGCCAGAAUUGUGUAAUGAGAUUAGGCUUUAUCUGGGUGAUGUUAUUUCCAAGGUGGGAGGACAUUUUUCGGCAUCUUUGGGAGUAACUGAACUUACUGUAGCACUGCAUUAUGUGUUUGACUCCCCGUUUGAUAAAAUAGUAUGGGACAUUGGCCACCAAGCAUAUGUACAUAAGAUCCUCACAGGGAGAAGAGAUAAAUUACACACGAUUAAAAAAAAAGAUGGUUUGUCUGCUUUCUGCAGGCGCUAUGAGAGUAUUCAUGAUAUAUUUGGUGCUGGUCACUCUUCAACGUCAUUAUCUUCAGUUCAGGGUUUACUAGAAGGGUUUUUACUACUACAGAAUAGUACCAAAAAUCAACAAAACAGCUUGAGGCCAAAUUACAUCAGUGUAAUUGGAGAUGGAGGAAUGACUGGAGGCAUGGCAUACGAGAGCCUAAAUUACGCAAUAAACAUAAAAAGCCCAAUGAUAAUUAUAUAUAAUGAUAACGAGCAGGUUUCAUUGCCAACAGGCAUGAAAUCAAUUUCAGGAGUCAAACCAAUUGUGCCAUUUUUUCUACAAAACUCUUCAAAUAAACCAAUUAGACCAGUAGUUGAUGCAAUUAACGAGUUAUUUGCUAAAUUAAGCAAAUGUAGUGAGGAUGGAAUGGAGUUGAAUGGGUUAAAUGUCAUUGGACCAAUAGACGGCCACAAGUUAAAUGAUUUGUUAUAUCUAUUCAAACUAAUCAAGUUUUCAAACAGAGUGCCAAAUAGAACCAUAAAAAUAUUGAAUGAGGAAAUACAUGGGCCGUUAAUUAUACAUAUUAAGACAAUAAAAGGGUAUUGUUGUCCAGAAGCAUUAAAUCAAUUGGAUAAAAUGCACUCAAUUAAACCCAAUACAAACCUUACGAUAGUAAAUCCCACUAUAGAAAACCUGUUUAAUGACUCACAAACAGCCUAUAACUUAGAACUAGAUGGUAUUUCAUUUGAGAACCAAGAAGUGCCAAACCUGUCUCCAGAUAUAUUGGUAGAUGAGAAAAAUGUUCGAAGUAAAUUGGGGUAUAACAAAUUUGAUGAAGGAACUUUCAGUAAUGUAUUUAGUAAUACACUGAUAAUGAUGGGACUUAUGGAUGAAAAGGUGGCAGGAAUAACAGCAGCAAUGCCAGGAGGGACUGGAAUUGGAGAGUUUGGAGAAUAUUUCCCAAAUCGCACAUUUGAUGUUGGAAUUUCAGAACAACAUGCAGUAACAUUUUCAUCAGGUCUGGCCCUAUCAGGAGUUAAACCUUACUGCGCAAUAUAUUCAACAUUUCUGCAACGUGCUCUUGACCAGGUGAUACAUGAUGUGGCGAUACAGAACAUACCAAUCAGACUCAUGGUAGACCGGGCAGGAUAUGUGGGAGAAGAUGGACUUUCUCACCACGGAAACUAUGACCUUAACUUCCUGAGACCUCUGAAAAACUUCAUAAUAUCAGCGCCCAGUAAUCAAGUAGAACUUGUUUUAUCACUAUUGUCAUCCAUGAAUACUGAUGUUCCCUAUGUUGUAAGAUACCCAAAGGGUAAAGUUAUUGAUAAAAGUUUGUUAACCCAGUUUUAUAGCGAAGAGUUAUAUGACUAUGUUAAGUUUUACAAGUUUUCUGAUGAGAAAUUCGGUAGGAAUUUAGAAUUUGAAGAUGAAUUAAAUGAAGUAAAAAGGCAUAAAAGUAAGGUAUUAAGAAGAGGAAGGGAGGUUGUAAUAUAUUCAUUGGGUCCCAUAUUGUACAAUGUAAUUGAGGCAGUUGAAAAAAUAGGCCGAAAUUUUAAUCCUACAAUAGUAGAUGCUCGUUUUUUAAACCCAUUUGACCUUGAAACUUUCAACGAACUAGCUAAGGACCACAAGUACAUAAUCACAGCUGAGGAUAGUGUAAAUGGAGGUUUGGGCUUGACGAUCAUAGAGUACUUGCAGAAAAUUAAUCAAUUACACAAUUUCAAGGUUAAGUGCAUCAGUUAUCCUUACGAGUAUGUGCAUCACGCGACUAUACAGGAGCAAAAGGUAAUUGCUAAUAUCGAUACCAAAGGUAUUCAAAGGCAAAUUGAGGAAUUUCUCGAAAACAAUUAA